AUGUCUCCACAAUCGCGCGUGCAACAGGGUCUGGGCCCAAGAACCCCACUUCGUAUUUCGACGCCUGCUGCAUUUGAAACUCCAAUGUCAUUACCGGGCUUGCUGGGUGGUGGCGCGGAGUGCGGUCCUGUGAACCCACUGCAGCAGCUAGGAAAACGGUUCGGACAAGAUCGUGGUGCACAGUUCGAUAAGUUCCAGCAUGGACCUGACGCUGCCCCUGGGCGGCCUACCGCCUUUCGCUCCCAAGUGUCGGCUGCCGGUCCAGCUGAUCCAGCCUUCUUUGCAUCUGGGCCUGUCGCACCUUUCCAUGUAGACCAGCUGCGCGAGUCUCUUCCACAAGUUGUGCCACAUGAGCAAUGGGCGCCGUCACAAGCUGUGAUGGAAACAUCAUUCCACCGUCAGCAGCACACCCCUGUACCUGUGUCCUCGACAAGUGCCACGCCGGCAUGGGCUCAAGACUUUUUACAUGCGACACGCACUUCGACAAAACAUACCGCUGUGCAGCCUGCAUCAAAUAUACACCCAGUUCCUGCUGGUGCCGCUGCUGCCACUGUGCCGCGUGGCAUGCCGCCGCUUGCAAGCCAGUUCCAUCGCCCGUUACACGCGGUACCCGUGAUGGGACAGCAUCUGCAGGAUUCGCUCGUAAGCCGCGCGCACAACGAUGAUCUCGCAUAUGUGAGCCAAUCAACAUGGGACUCUGCCUUCACUGCGAUUGAUGCACAAACACAGCAGCCAAACGAGUCAGCUGCGAUCCCAUCUGAGACACAGCUUGAUACCAUGAAUGCCGAUCAAUUAGCACAGACAGCAGAGCGUCUGCUGAAUGCUGUUCAGCAUGACUCAAGUGAAAAGUUCCAGCAGAGCGAGUUUCUGCAACUCAUGCGUAAGCUUCGUGAUCGUGUAGCCGAAGUCCGCGGCGACCAAAUCGUCGAUCGUGAUGCCAAAGGUAAAGCGAAGGCACAUGGACCGCCGUCGCAAGCAGAUCUCGAUACAAUGCUGCAGCAUGCCACACCGUACGGGUCGCAGCGUGAGACGCAGCAGGAGAACCAGCACCAUGGCCAUGCGCAGACGCUUAUUCCUGAUGCCCUCGCGGACUUGGACGAGUUUUGGCGCGAAGAAGACUUGGCCAAAGAGCGCGCUUCGUCUCAUCCCAAUACAUUCCUUGGCGAUGGUGGUGACGUCGCAGCGCGUAUGCUUGAGGACGACGCUUUUUCGCGACAACAACACAACCAGCAGGAUCGUGGUAUGAAUGGCGACGAUCUGAUUGCACAGGAAUACAACAAGUGGACCUCGUUGGGAACAAACGUGCCGGGUGCGAGUUCUGAGUGGCAGGAGGCUUUUGAUUCUGACGAGCAUGACCAAGACUUUGUUGGCCGCGCAUGGCUCGGCAAAAAGGGUCAUGGCUUACCAGGUGCUCAAAAUGCUGAAUGGGCGAAGCUGCAGAGUGACUGGGAUGAGUUUGUUGCGACACCUGACGGUAUCAAGUCACACAAUCGCACGCACGAUCCAUUCCCUUACGAGACGCCUGCGUAUCGGUUCCAUGAUGCAAAUCCGUACAUGGCGAACAUGACUCGGAAUCAUGCAGCGCACUCGCCACCGGGGAUGUUGGACACGGUGUUGGAGCACGAAGCAGCGGUGCAAGAAGAUCCCAAGGAUGCGAGUAAGUGGUAUAAUUUGGGCCUUCGACAGCAAGAGAAUGAGCGCGAGACCCAAGCUAUUGCUGCGUUGCACGAAGCUCUAAAGAUCGAUCCCGCCAUGAAAGAGGCCUGGCUUGCUUUAGCCGUCAGCUAUACAAAUGAAAAUGACCGUGACGAGGCGUUGGAGGCAUUGGACCGCUGGAUCAAGGUCAAUGACAAGUACCAAGCGGUCGUACAAUCGUAUCAACAAGCACGUGGUCGGCAAGGUCAGGAUCGACACCGUCAACUAGCGAAUAUGCUUUUGGCCAUGGCCCGCUCGCGUGCGCAGGACAUAUCCGAGCCAGUGGAUGCCGACGUUCAGGUGGCCAUGGGUGUCUUGUUCAAUGCGUCGGGCGAGUACAGCAAGGCUGUUGAUUGCUUCACAACAGCUCUACACGUGCGCCCUGACGACUGGAUCCUGUACAACCGUAUUGGUGCGACACUGAGCAAUUCUGGUCGCUCAGAAGAAAGUCUUCAAUACUACCAGCAGGCAUUGACGUUGCGUCCCGACUUUGCUCGCUGCCACUUCAAUCUUAGCAUUUCCUGUUUAAACCUCAAGAUGUACACGGAAGCGGCUGAACAUGCGUACACAGCUCUUACACUCCAGCAGGCGUCCGAAGAUGACGACAUGCCUGGUGUUCAAAACAAUAGUCUCUGGGAGAUUUUGCGUGUCUCUCUUGACCUAAUGCGGCGUCCCGACCUGGCCAGACUUUGCAUGACGCGUGACAUCAACCAAAUCCAUCUCGAUCAAAUCGUAGGCACCUCAUAG